AUGGCGUCUGGGGCGGCUUGGAUGCUCGUCGUGGUGCUGCGGGGGUGCAUUGGCGCACUUGCUUGUAUUGCACACCCUUGGCUGCUCGGUGAAGCGCAGUAUGUUGCACUGGAGCCCGCGCAUGACAAAACUGCGGCGUCUUUUGCGCUCCCGUUGGCCCAUGCGGGGACUGUGCGGCGAGGACGGUCGUUUUGGCAACUACCACUGGAGAUAUCCAGUGUGCUAUUUUGUCUUGCGCUGGAGGAGUGUGGCAUGAUGUGCGUAUUUGUUCUCCUGGAGCAUCUUUAUGGCGACAAGGGCUUCAUCACCGCGAACUGGCACUUUUCCUUACCGCUCGUCGUCCUGUUCAUCAUUCUUAUUCUGCCUUUUGCGGCGUGUCUGCUCUUGUGUGUAGGGGAGCGCGGGAAGCGCUGGUCAACUUCACGCACAAUGGCAAGUGUGGCCUUGUUUGUGGGUUGGUGCUUCGCAUUCUUUCGUAUCCCGGUGCCGAGCACGGUACAACCCGCCAUUACCGGUUUGUACGGCGCCGUGCUCAGUCGUGCAGGCGUGCUUGGCAUUUCUAUGAUUGCUGUGCUUUCUGGCACAGCUGCGGCAGGUGCAAUGUGCGACUCGUACGAAAUGCUGUCGCUGCGACGCAAGAAAAAGUGGCGCGAGAUGGACGUGGACGGCGCUGAAGCGUCAUUUGUGCGCACAUGCACGGACCUGCAAGCACGCCGCGCAAGUGCAAGGAUGCUCGAAGCGGACAUUGAGGCGGACGGGCCACGCACUGGUAUAUCGCGCUACUUUACGCGCUCCAGCAAAGACAAGGAGCUCGCAGCGCUUCACACCGAGAUUACGGGGCUCGCGAUGAUGGCGAGCGUGAUGCGCAGCGAUUUGGACGUCAUGCAGGCCCAGCAGCGCCGGAUUCGCUAUUCACGCACCGUAUUUGGCAGGAUCCUGCUUGCAUGUGGGUACUUGUUUUCGCUGUAUUGUGCGUUCCGGAUCGUCCAGUGCUUGCUGAACCUCGUCUUUUUUGGCUACAAUACGGGAGCAUCUCCUGAUUUCGUGUCGACAUGCUUUGCGUAUGCUGUGCGCAUGUUUGGCAUGGAUAUCGAUGUGCAUACAUGGGCUCCACGGAUCGCAUUCCUAUUUCUCGGCGGCCUCAUUUGCAUGCGCAUGCGGGUAAUUCUGUCUUCCCUCUCCAGCAUGAUCAAUGCAUUGUCCAGCGGCACAAGCACGGAUUUACUCGUGCUGUUCACUGCACAGGUGCUAUGUAUUUAUACACUUGCAGCGCUCAUCCAGCUGCACACAAAUGUGGCUACGGAACCAGGGACGCCGCAUCGCACGAGUAAACUGCUCGCGAGUCUGCCAGAGUUCCAGCGUGUGUUUGGCGGCAUGUUUGACUUUGUAUUUUUGCUCACUGCGAGCGCCACGGCGGGGUACCGAUGGUACUGCUGGCGCUCCGAUGUCGCUGCACUCUAG